AUGCUCCUCACGCUCUACCACGCUGCGUCUCUCCUCCUCGCCUCGGCCGCUUCCGCGAUUCCCCUCGUCCGGCGUUCCGCGAACGGUGCUCUCGCCAUCUGGGACGACACGCCUGGUCCGACGUGCUUCAGCACAGCCAAUUACUCGUGCGACAGCAAGGACCUUCGCGCUGUUGCGUCGGCCUUUCCCGUGAACCUGGCUAUCAUCGCGUACCCCUAUCCCGCCAACAUCAGCCAGCAGACGGUCCUUGGAAGCGGCGGAAAUUACAGCGCUAAGCCCGGGUACCCAUUCGAGAUUUCGUGGAACGUAACGGAUCUGGACGGGCAGCUGCAUGCCUACCGACUGAUGGAUGCGGGCGGCGAGGCAGCCCACUCCGUGCUGCCCGGGUAUACUGUUCCCCCAGACUACUGCCAGUAUCCGCACGACCAGCAAAUGUGCUGGCAUGUUGGAUCCAACGAUACAGGGUACCGUGUAGUUGCAGGGAUCAUGUACACCUUACUGGGCCUCCUGGGUGUCUGUAUCCUCUUCAUCGCAAUCACGGCGCCACUCGAAUGCUGGCGCAAGGAGGCCAAGCGACAGGCAGCAUCUCGCAUCUCGCCCGCCGCUCCGACAAAUCCUUCGCUUGACCCUCCAGCCAUUCCACUGGACAGCACAUCCUCCGUCGAAACGGGUCAGACUGAGUCCCUCCCCGAUUCAUCCGAUGUAGCCUCGAGCGCUGCCUCCAGCACGCUCGCCUCGUUCAAAGUCCGCCACCCUCGGCGGCUCCUCCCGUGGUUUGUGUAG